AUCCGAUAUGUCUGCGACCAUGAAACGCAAACCCUGCGAAAUUUUAAAAACUUAAUCUACAAAGAACGUCGCUCGUAGCUUACUUUAAGUGCAUUGAUUCAUCCUAUAUCUGAAGAGAAGCCAUGUCUCUAGCAGAUGAACUGUUGGCCGAUCUCGAAGACGGAGAUGAUGAACCCAUAGAAGAUGAUCUCCAGGCACUGCCUAAUGAUGUGGAGGAUGUGGAUGAGGUUGCCAUGGAGACAGAAGUCUCUGGGGACUCGGUACGGAGUGUGGCAAAACUACGAGACAGUGAUGAGCUGAAGCGGGUAAUGGGACAAAUUAAAAUCUAUCAGAGUGGAGAAAAGAGACAUAUCGUUGCAGGACCAGUUGAGGCCGACCCUGAGUACGUGUUGAUUAUUGAGGCCAACAAUAUCACAGUCGAGAUUGAUAAUGAAAUCAACGUCAUCCACAAGUUUACCCGGGACAAGUAUUCUAAAAGAUUUCCCGAGUUGGAGUCUCUGGUCUCUACGCCUCUGGAGUACAUGAAAACAGUCCGGGAGCUCCAGAAUUAUAUCGACAACUCGAAGAAUAAUGAAAUACUCCAAGAAAUCUUGAGACCAGCUACAAUUAUGGUCGUCAGUGUCACUGCAUCGACAACGCAGGGGACCGUGUUGAAUCCCGAAGAGCUAAAUAUCGUUUUAGAGGCAUGUGAUAUGGCAAUUGAACUUAAUGAGUUCAAACAGAAGAUCUUUGAGUAUGUGGAAUCGAAGAUGUCAUACAUCGCUCCUAAUCUGUCAAUCAUAGUUGGAGCUUCAACGGCAGCCAAAAUAAUGGGUCUAGCGGGUGGUCUGACCAACCUGAGUAAGAUGCCUUCGUGUAACAUCUUGGUGCUCGGCUCCCAGAGGAACAGGGUGACAGGUUUCUCGAGCACGCAGAACAUGCCUCACAUGGGCUACAUCUACUACAGUGAACUCGUACAGAAAACACCAUCCGAGUUUCGUAAGAAAGCGUGUCGGCUGAUCUCGGCUAAGUGCGCCCUGGCAUCUCGUGUGGACGCCUGCCACGAGAGUCUGGACGGAGCUGUGGGAGAUACGUUCUUGGCCGACAUCGAAGGAAAGCUGGACAAGCUGCAGGAACCUCCACCAGUUAAAACUGUCAAACCACUGCCAGCUCCAAUAGAUGUGGCAAAGAAGAAGAGAGGUGGACGACGAGCAAGAAAAAUGAAGGAAAGACUUGGAAUCACUGAGAUGAGAAAACAGGCAAAUAGGAUGAACUUUGGACAGAUUGAAGAUGAUGCCUACCAAGACGAUCUUGGCUUCUCGUUGGGUAACGUUGGCAAGAGUGGCUCAGGACGCGUGCGUAGCGCGCUGGUCGACUCAAAGACCAAGGCCAGGAUCUCCAAGACUUUACAGCAGAAGUUACAGAAACAGAAUAGCAUUUGGGGAGGAAGUACGACCGUCAGGAAACAGAUCUCUGGUACCGCAUCGAGCGUUGCCUUCACACCACUGCAGGGUCUUGAGAUUGUGAAUCCACAAGCAGCAGAGAAAUCAGUCCAGGAGACGAAUCAGAAAUACUUCUCCUCGACGUCUGGAUUUGUCAAGAUGACAAAAUGAAAGGACGAUUACAUGUAACAAGAGACAAAGUUUGAAAGGACUUGUUAUGUAGUUUGGUGCAGUGUAGUCAUUGCUGCAGUGACAGAUAUGCAUUAUGUACUGUGUCACUUAAAUUAGUUCUGGUUCAUGCUACUUGCACAAGAUGUACAUGUAUACACAGUCAGCUGUACAUGUCUGCUGUACAUUUUAGUUCAGUUUAAAAAGUGCUUGUCUCUACAGUCAUUUGAACUUUUUGAUAUAUUCCAACGCAGAAGAAGAUUAGAGGAAACGCUUAACAAAAUGAGGAGUUUUGAAUGGCCCGGUUAAAACCUAAGGCGGGAAUAAGCUUCCAUUGAUAAAUGUUAGCAGUUUCGAGUUCCCCACAGGUAGUUGAUCAUACAGCCAAUGAGCUGCAUAAGAAGUAAUCACCAAUUUAGUUAUUUUUACCACGUUCAGCUAGUCUAAAUAAAGACUUGUAGCACGACUGGAUCUCUUUUAGUGUAUUCAAGUAAUGGAGGAAAUGGACGGUUUACAUAAAUGUUGCAUUUAAAGACUCCCCAUGUGGGCUCCAUGUUACUGUGCACAGCCAUCCUUCAAAGAGUAAAUAGUCUUUGAUAGAGGGGUGUCUGCUAAGAGAGGUUCCACUGUUGGCUCUGUUGGGGUUGUCAGGGUGCCCCUGGUAGAUACUGACUGUACUAGAAUCAUUGUGUAAUGUACUGUUCUGCUGGAGUGUUAUGACUUGUUAUACAACAGGUCUCAUUGUACAGAUACAAAUAAAUUUA